AUGGUCCUCUAUGACGAUAUGAUAUACCAACUGAAUGAGACACGUCUGGCCAAGGAGCAUGCUUCCCUUCAUCACAAGGGCCUCCCGCCGUACUACUGCUUUCCCGGUUCCAACCCCGCUGGCUCAGAUAGCUUGACACAGCUCACCGUCCUGCUCACCGGACCCUCGGGCACGCCUUAUUCUCAGGGUCUCUGGCGUCUACAACUUCGUCUGCCAGAAGACUACCCUGCUAGCCCACCAAAGGCAUUUUUCAAGACAAGGAUAUGGCACCCUAACGUGGAGGAAUCGACCGGUGCAGUCUGUGUGGACACAUUAAAGAGGGAUUGGGAUCCAAAACUUACACUCAAGGAUGUUCUUAUCACAAUAUCGUGCCUUUUGAUACAUCCCAAUCCAGACUCAGCAUUGAACUCCACUGCGGGUGCAUUGCUACAGGAGAACUACGAGUCAUUCGCUCGACAGGCAAAGCUCAUGACAUCUAUUCACGCUGCUAUACCAGCAGACAUGAAAGACCAGGUAGAUGAGGCAAGAAGGGGUGCCGACGAAACAGAUGCUGCUACCAGCCUAGCGAGUGAAGAACAGAACAGAUCUAAUGACGGCCUCCCAACACCGGCAGUUACCAUGAAACGAAAACAACAGUCAGCUCCAGCAUCAUUAGAAGGCUCGGAACAUCCAACAACACAAGAACAACAGCUAGUACAGCCUAACAAUCAGUCUCCCGGCAACUCAGAAUCAGACUCGGAGGCAGACUCGGAUUCAGAGAACUCCGAGUCAAAAGAGAACGACCCCACUCUCUCGAGCUCUCCAGUAAUAAUACCCGUUCGCAGCCCACGUAGUGUCCUCGGAAAACGGCCCUUAUCCGUUAUCUCCAUGCCAGAAGAACCAGACCUGGUCCUGGUAAACGAUUCAUCCGAUGAUGAAGACGACACCGACCAGCCACCUGAGUUCAGCGGCAUGACAGCUUCAGAGAAAAACGUAGCAGCCAACAGCCCCGAGCUCGCUGCAACUCUGAGCAGAAACAGAUCAAAUUCAAAACACUAUAUUCCCUCUUUAAAUGAUCAAUCGUUGCUCCUCCAACCAAGAAGAAAGGCCCCUAAACUAUCUGAUUCAGGAACUAGGCGGUCAUGCAUUAAUAUGGGUUCAGCCAACGCAUUUACUGCCAAGUCGGUAGAUAAGAAGCGAAGCGCUUCCGUACCGGACGCCUACCAUGCAAGUGGCAACUACAUGAAACCGCUCAGUCCAAUCAUAAGCGCAGCCACUGCCACCAAGGAUGAAAGCUCGCCUCUGUCAAGCCUGAAGCAGGCGGUUGGCGGAAGCCCCUUGCUAACCGGCAAGGCUGAACCAGUAGACGAGAAGGCGUAUCGAAGUCUACAAUCGGCUACGGUUAGGAAACAACCUACCUUGAGUAACCUUACUGUGAGGCCAAAGCCUAGAACGGGACUCAGGAGGCUGUGA